AUGGGAAAUAUACUGUUCCGACGUAAAAAAUAUGUAGCUGACGAGUUGGAAGAAUUGCAGAAACGUGGUGAAGCAAUUGAUGCACAAAUAAAAAGCAGUAUAGUGAAAAGACAAACCGUUCAGUGGUUUUCAUCGUUAUCGGUGUUUUUUUUAAUGCUAAUAUCUAUCGGAUUUUCGUUGAUUACCGGUACAGACAAAGGGCUUAGAGUAGCGUAUUCAGGUUUUUUCCUUCUCUAUUGUUUUCGACGAAUGAUUAAUGAAUAUUAUAAUUGGAGUAUACAGAGAAAAAUACAUGCACGUGAAGAAGUUACAAAAAAGAAACGUGAAUUAUUAGAAAAGGUUAAAGAAACUGAAACGUUUAAAGUUGCGAAAGAGAUACUUGACAAGUAUGAGGAUACGCCUGUACCUGAUCCUGGUCAGCCUCGUUUGUCUCGUCGUUCUCCUUGUCGGAAUCAAUCAAUAAAUACUUCAGAUACCUCAUUCGGCGCCUCUCCUACAAAAAAUGAUGAUGAGAAGGUUAAGGAGAAUGAAGCAACAAGUGAGACAGUUCGACCAGCCGAAAGUAACCCACAGGUCGACAGUCGACCAGUACGUCAUAUGCCGCCAAAACCGCCACGACCAUUUUAUAAACCAUCGCAGAGUGUGACUGAAAAGCUCGUAGAUUUUAUUAUUGGGGAUACACCGUCUGAUAGGUUUGCUCUAAUAUGUUCUCAUUGUCAUGGGCACAAUGGAAUGGCUCGAAAGGAAGAGUUUGAUUUUUUAUCUUAUAAAUGUUGGAUAUGUGGCAGCUUCAAUCCUUCUCGUCAACAAAGAAUUAUUCACACUAAGUCAGAGGAAAAUUUAUGUAGUGAGUCACGAAUAAAGACUAAUUCAGAGGAAGAAGAGAAGGAGCCUUCAAAAGAAAUAAGAAAUCGAGCAAAAACUCGUAGUGUCUCGCACCAGCGACCGUUAACAGCGAACUUGGAUGCUGAUAAGAAGAGUGACGAAGAGACAAAGGAUAAAAAGGAAGAUUGA